CACAGGAAGUCAGUCUAACCGGGAAAAGAUGAAUUUUUCAUGAAAGUCAAAUCAGAGAUGGGUUGUUAUGUGACGUUGACUCUGAUCUUUUAUGGAUGGAGCCUCAGCUCCUGCUCUAAGUUUCCUCCUCGUAUGUACUACUACAUAAACCAGAACAUGACCUGGUUCCAGGCUCAGAACUACUGCAGAGAGCAUUACACCGACCUGGCAACCUUUGACAGCUACGAUGAUACAAGCAUGCGAGAACCUACACUUUCUUAUAAGGCUGCAUGGAUCGGACUGUUUGAUGACCCCAAAUCCUGGAAGGAAAACCUCGGAAAUGAGUCCAACUCCUGGAGAUGGUCAGUGUCUGGUGAAGCAGGCAAAACUACUUUUGAGGCUUGGGCGAGCGGCGAGCCCUCGUUUACGAAUGGAAGUGAAUCCUGUGUCGUCGUGAAUCCUGAUGGAACUUGGGGCGACGCCACCUGUGCCGGUGCCUACGCUUUUGUUUGUUACACAGUCACAAACCAAACAGAGAGAGUCUAUCAUUUCAUCCCGACUGUGAAAUCAUGGAAUUCUGCUCAGGAAUACUGCAGACAACACUACACAGACCUUGCUGUGAUUGAGAACGCUGAAGAAAACGCUUUGGUCUUUUCAAAAACUGCUAAUCAGACGUCUUGGAUCGGCCUGUACCGAGUGCCAUGGACAUGGUCUGACGGGUCUCACGGUUCCUUCAAGAACUGGAGAGGCCUUCAACCAGAUAACCUAAGCUUAAACCAGUUCUGUGUGGUCGAAGUGUGGCCUCAACAUUACUGUGAUGACGUACCCUGUUCGUUGUCGCGGCCUUUCAUUUGUCAUCAAGUGACCACACUGAAGACCACGGUGGGGAUGAAGAUUAUGACUGAUGCAGAUAUGACAGAUCCAGCUGUUAUUGAACAGUUUCUCCAGCAGAUCGUCAAAAGGCUGACAAACCUGAGAUGGACAGACUUCAAGCUUCAGUGGAAGAAUCUUCCCUCAGACCAAACCAAAAAGACCUGAGUGGACCAUCUUUAUUCCAUCUCCUGAGCAGUCGAGAGGAUAUUGAGCUGCUUCCCAAUGAUUGUGUUGUUUAUGGAGGAGUUAAGCUAAUAGGCGACGAUAACAGAGAAUAAUGUUGUUAGUAUGUGCGGCGUGAUGUUUCCUCAGUAUCUUCUGUAACUUGUGUCCUCAGACUAAAUAAAGCAAAUGUAUCAUCUCCAA